CGCAGGCGCAGGGCCAUGGCGGCGCCGGCGCCCAAACCCCCGGCGACGGGCCACCGCCACCGCCUCCACGUAGCCCGCUGCUUGCCCCCCGACCCCCCGCCCCCGCCCACCUCCAAAGCCCCCAGCGGCAGCAGCCCCAACCCUGUGCUCUCCCUUCUCUCCGCGGUGCCCGACUGGGCCGACGCCGUCCAGGAGCGCCGCGUCCGCGACCGCCGCCCGCUCUACGACCACGCCUCCUGGCGCGAGCACCGCAGCUCCCGCCGCCACCUGCGCCACCUCCUCGCCGCGCUCUCCUCCCGCGUCAUCCUCUCCCUCGCGCCCCCUGUCUCCGCCUUGACCGCCUUCGCCGCCGCCAUCGCCACCUACAACACCCUCCUCCCGGCCUACGCCUUCACCGCGUCCUCGCUGCCCUACCAGCUCACCGCGCCCGCGCUCGCGCUCCUCCUGCUCCUGCAAUGAGUGAGUGACGCAUCGCAACUGAUGUUUCAGUGUCACCUCAUUUGCGACUCGGACGUCAAAGGGGGCCUUGAGGGCUUGCUCGCCCAAGAUGACCUCAAUGUUGUACUGGCAUCGAAACACCGCCCCCGUUGUAUUAUCGAGUUCAUUUCACAAAGUCUUCAGAUGCUAGAUCUCGACGAACAGAAGCGGAGCGUCAUGGAGUCUAAACUGUCUUGUUUUCUUGAAGGAAUCGGUGUCUGCGAGCAGCUCAUUGGGAUUCCUAUUCCUCUCUCAUACACCAGACUUACUUCCAGGUUCCUUGUUCUCUGGCAUCUUACACUCCCAGUGAUACUCUGGGAUGAAUGUAAAUGGAUUGUUGUUCCAGCUACCUUUAUCAGUGCUGCAUCACUCUUCUGCAUUGAGGAAGUUGGUGUUCUUAUUGAGGAGCCGUUCCCCAUGCUAACUCUUGAUGCUCUAUGCAGGCAACUCCACGACGGCAUUAAGGAUGUGAUGGCGGUGCAGAAUACGGUUCACACACGAUUAGUUGCCCAGAAUAAGAGACAUGGGGGCCGCAGCAGAUGUGCAGAAAAUGGGUGGCCUAGCUCAAAAAGAGAAGAAGCGAAGAUUGAUUGAGCACGCAGAUCAGUGAAUUACUCAAGGGUGACACUGCAAGCAAUCCAGGAUAUAGUUUGGGAGCUACUAGAAUAGUAGUUGGGAAAGCUGGGACCGGUCUUGAGAUGAGUUGAGCCGAAUUACUAGAAUAGAAGUGAGGAACUGCUGCAGUGUGGUGUGGUUCCAUGAACCUCGAGUCGAGCAGGUCCCCUGAGAAGAGCAGAGCAGAUUUUUCUGUCUGUAUUAUAAAGAAAAACACAGAUGGAACUCCCAGAUAUCCUAGCUGUGAACAUAGUAACAUAGAUAGUCUUGGUGAGCUAUCUUUUUUUUUCGAAAGACAGUCUUGGUGAGCUAUCGCUCGAUAUGUUUAUGAUAUUGGCAUGAUGUGCAUGAAUGAUGUGUCGCUCUGAUUGUGGAUUUCAAAUAUAAAUCGGCACUUGUAACUA